ACAGAAAUGCACCCGCACUUCAGCUGCAGUCAGCACUGCUGCUUUAUUGUUAAGUUGUAAAUUGUCAUAAUGGUUUCUAUGCACUUUGGAUGCAAUGACAUGUAAUGUCGAGGGAAGAGAGGUCCGAUUCAGUCUGUGUCAUACUGUGGGUAAAUCCUGUUAAGCAAUGCUGAACUCUAAGCCAUCCAAGGUUCAUUUGCAGAUCCAAACAAGACACAAUCAGUUAUGGAGACAAACAGCCAGCGCUCUGAUGUCCUGGAAACUGAUGAUGACGUCCCGGCUCUUGCACAAGUAAGAGAUGACACUUCAGCAUCCAUCGUCUCUGUGAAAGGCCUGAAGGAGAACUGGCAGAAGUGGUCCCAUGAGCACCAGGAGUACCAGAAGCACAACCCCUUCAGCAACAACUCCACGCCCAGUGUGGUGGUCCCUCAAAGAGGCCAGGAUGACUAUGGGAAGCCCCUGCAGGGAUCCAUGACAGAGCAGCGGGGAAAGGAUGCUCACACACGCAUUUACAGAGAAGUUCAGGAGCUGUGCGAGGUUAUAAGGGACAUUGGAGAGCACAGAGAUGGAGAUCUGGAUGGGAAAGUGAUCGCUGUUGAAUUUGGGAAACUGUUUGAGCAUUAUGUGACCAUCUCUAAUAAACUGGUUGGGAUUCUUCUACGAGCAAGGAAACAAGGGUUGGUUGACUUUGAGGGGGAGAUGCUGUGGCAGGGGAAGGAUGAGCACACAGUUAUAACUCUGUUGCAGUGAUCAAGAACUUGGAAAACAGCGUUGAAGUUGCAUGCAGUACAGAGCUACCUCAAAAUAAUAAUGAGCCACAAUUUUCAGCAAUCACAGAAGUUAUCAGCAUGUUGAUAUGUGAAGAAAAACAUUUGUAAGAGAGGUUAAAGGGCAUGCAAAUAUAUUUUAAUUGUAGAUCAAGUAGAUGAGUGAGCUGCUGAAAUUAAGUCAGCCUGACCCAAGGAAACAACAUGGUGCUUCAUAGCAUGUAGCCAACCUGUAUACAGUUUGAAACUGUACCACACUGAGAUUAGAAGUAUACACUGAAAAUGCUGUUUUUAUGGAGCCAAAACUCCCAUCUUCUACUAUGCACUGAUAUCAAAACGCCAUAAUCUCUACUGCCAAAAAACAUUGCCAUGCAUUAUAAUGACCUUUUUAGCCGAAAGGUAGAAGUAGAAUGAUGAGUGUGAAAGUGCUGCUUAUGGUAUGAUAAUAAAGAGGUAAGGUAAGGUUCUUUGUUAACAGUAAGCACUGCCUCGUGUAGUUUAACUAAUGACGAUGAGACCGUGUAAACUGAUAUGUCACUUCAAUGGAAAGACACUGAGAAGCAGCAAUACAUUAUUUAUUGUAAUAAAACUCAUUUAUAAAGUGAAUACACUUUUUUACAGUA